AUGGGUAAUAUGGCAACAGAGAUUGUUGCCUUCCUUCUCACCAUAUCCGGAUGGAUUCUGAUCUCCUCUACGCUCCCAACUGACUACUGGAAAGUGUCGUCAGUGGACGGGACAGUCAUCACCACAGCAACCUUUUGGUCCAAUCUCUGGAAGACGUGUGUUACGGAUUCAACCGGAGUCUCCAACUGCAAGGACUUUCCUUCUAUGCUUGCACUAGAUGCUUAUAUCCAGGUGUGUCGUGGACUGAUGAUCUCAGCGGUGUGUUUGGGAUUUUUUGGAGCUAUCCUGGCACUAGUGGGCAUGAAGUGUACUAAAAUAGGGGGAUCAGAGACCACCAAAGCCAGGAUCACCUGUAUGUGUGGACUACACUUUAUUCUCAGUGGAAUCUGCUCUAUGACCGCCUGCUCUCUCUAUGCACACCGGAUAACAUCAGAGUUCUUUGACCCCUUAUUUGUGAAACAGAAAUUUGAACUUGGGGCGGCGCUCUUCAUUGGCUGGGCAGGAUCUGUUCUCAGCAUUCUUGGAGGAUUUAUCUUUUGCUUUUCCAUGACAGAGGGAUUCAGCAUCAGGGAGUACUCCUACAACGGCACCACAUCCUUCAUAUCAACACAAACUAAGAUCACAAAGAUGGGCAGAAACCCUGAGACUCCUCAGAAACACCCUCCAGACCAGAGCUUCUCUGGCAGGCAGUUUGGCAGGAAUGCAUAUGUUUGACUUCAGCUUCUUCAGUAAAGUUGAAAAUAAUUACAAGUGAAGGCCAACAAGCACAAGGCUGCUUUUAUCAUUCGAGGCAUUGAGGAGACUGCACAGAGUCAGGUGAACCGAUGACAGAGAGGACAGCUGCGCUUCACUGACCAGAGGAACAUGCUGUCUGGAUUCGGAAAUUGAG